AUGGCGUCGAGGAACAAGGGCCGCGAGAUCAGCCCGGCGCAGAGGAAACGCCGAGCCCACAAGAAGCAUGUCCAAUCUCUCUCCCUACGACUGACUAUUACUGUACCCAAUGAGACCAAUACCGUAUCUAAUCAGAAACAAAAGUGCGAUGAGGCGCGACCCCACUGCUCCAGGUGCCGGGUGCUAGGUGUGUCAUGCGUCUACGGGUCGAAGCUCACGGCCGAGACGUUGUACUCGGGUACCUGCUUCUCAGCAAAGUCGUCCCCGGCUCCUAACCCUCCGCGGUCGCCGGCAGCUCCACUGCCGGUAAUCCCAUCGAGUCGGCCAGCAGACGUCUUUCAGUUGGCGCCGGUCGACGUCGAGCUGAUCGAGAAGUUCCAGCUCCGCGUCGUCCGGACCAUCGGCUCGGAACGAACCGGCCAGCACUACGCGGAUAAUGUCCUGCCCCUUGCCUUCUCGGUACGUCGGACUGCUACGUCGUACAUUUCCGUCCACCCCACUGAUAGGGCCCUCCAACAGAAUUCCAUUCUCAUGCAUGCCGUCUUGGCCUACUCUCGGUUUCACGAUAUUGUAGCCAGCAACGGCCCCAUCGCAAGGCGGAGAAGAGACAUCUAUCACUGGAACUCAGCCUUAAAGCUCUUGCAUGACAGGCUGAGCACGCCGCUGGACGCCUCGGAGACAAGCGCCGUCCAUAUGGCGGCUAGCCUCGUCAGUCUGGGCACCGUCGCCUCCACCGAGGCCGAAACCCCUUACGAGGCCUGGCCUCUCCGCCCGCCAUCCGUCCUCGACCUCAUGUGGCUCAGGAUGUGCUCUGGCAAGAUGCUCGUCUUUGAGAUGGCCGACUCGUCAAGACCGCAUGCGGCGGGGCCCCUCCGCGACUGUACCGUGGAGAUCGAGGGCAUCGUCGCGAGACAGCACAAGCUCAUCACCCAGCCCUUCGACCCCAAGACUCUACCUACAGGCCUCUGCGAGGUCUUUGGGUUCGAUGGCGCGCACACAGACAGUCCGUAUUAUUGUGGAAUCGCUGGCCUCGCCGACUUGUACGGCCAUCAAGAGAUUAACGGCCAGCAUCACAUGUUGCUUACCGCCAUGGUGUGGGGUCUAGAAGACAGGUUCCAGAAGCUAUUGCACCAAAAGGACGAGAAGGCGUUGCUGAUCCUCUUGUACUGGUAUGCGAAGCUCUGUAGCCGGCGCAUAUGGUGGCUCUGGAGGCAUUCCUGGACCGAAGGGCUGGCGAUUUGCAUCUACCUCGAGAGGGCGUGGGCUAAGCAGCCCAAGCUACUGAGCUUGCUGCUCUGGCCCCGCCUGACUCUCACCGCCGCAUCGGAGCAGACUUUCGAAUGA